GCCUCCGGGGAGCUCCGGGAUAUUCUUUGGAUCAAGCCCAUCAUCUUCCAAUCGAAAUGGAUCCAUUGAUUGCCAAUAACUCUGGUGUGAACAAACGGCAGAUCACAGACCUUGUGGAUCAGAGCAUCCAGAUCAAUGCACAUUGCUUCGUGGUCACAGCAGAUAAUCGCUACAUUCUUAUCUGUGGUUUCUGGGACAAGAGUUUUCGAGUUUAUUCUACAGAAACAGGAAAAUUAACUCAGAUUGUGUUUGGCCACUGGGAUGUCGUGACUUGCCUUGCCAGAUCAGAAUCCUAUAUUGGUGGUGAUUGUUACAUCGUGUCUGGAUCUCGUGACGCUACAUUGCUGCUUUGGUACUGGAGUGGCCGACAUCACAUUAUAGGUGACAAUCCAAACAGCAGUGAUUAUCCAGCUCCUCGUGCUGUUCUCACUGGUCACGACCAUGAAGUUGUCUGCGUGUCGGUCUGUGCAGAGCUGGGACUUGUUAUCAGUGGUGCUAAAGAAGGUCCUUGUCUGGUACACACAAUUACUGGAGAUUUGCUGAGAGCCCUGGAAGGAACAGAAAACUGCUUGUAUCCUCGCUUAAUUUCAGUAUCUAGUGAAGGUCACUGCAUCAUCUACUAUGAACGAGGACGAUUCAGCAAUUUCAGCAUUAACGGCAAACUCUUAGCUCAGAUGGAGAUCAAUGAUUCAACCAGGGCCAUCCUCCUGAGCAGUGAUGGGCAGAACCUGGUGACAGGAGGAGACAAUGGUGUAGUGGAAGUAUGGCAGGCCUGUGACUUCAAGCAGCUAUAUAUUUACCCUGGUUGUGAUGCUGGCAUAAGAGCUAUGGAUUUGUCUCAUGAUCAGAGAACACUGAUUACUGGCAUGGCUUCUGGCAGCAUCGUAGCUUUUAAUAUAGAUUUUAACCGGUGGCAUUAUGAACAUCAGAACAGAUACUGAAGUGGAAUGAAGAACUGAAAGCCCAGAUAAAGCUGAGAGCACAAGUGCUGCAAUGAAAGGUGUAGUCUCUGGUGGAAAACCACGUCUGCAUUGACCUCCGUUGUACAUUCCAUUACACCCAGCAAUAGCUGUACAUUGUAGUCAGCGACCAUUUUACUUUGUGUGUUUUUUCACAACUGAUCACCAGCUGCUGAAAAGCAAGCUUGUAUCAUGUAAAUUAUAUGAAUUAGGAGAUGUUUUGGUAAUUAUUUCAUAUAUCUUUGUUUAUUGAGAAAAGGUAGUAGGAUGCGCCACAAGAGACUUUUGAAAAUUCUGGGGAACUUGUGUCCAGUUAUUUCAACGUUUAGGCUUUGAACCUAACAUGCAUCCCAUCUCCAGCCUCUUUUCAAGCUGAGAUUAAAAAAAAUACGUUUGAUACUUUGUACAUCAGAUGCACAUCUUAACUUUAAAGGGAUACUUUUGUAAAAGUAAAACCUUGUAUAAAGAACAAAACUGUUUCUUAAUUUUAUUGUGGAGUUACAACUUGCAUGUACUUUAAACCUGAUGUCUUGAAGGAGCAGGUCCAUUCACACAAAUCAAACUGGAGAUCUGCCUAAGGGUACAGCUUGUGUUAAAGGGUUGAAUUUGGGUGCAAACAGUAAUUUUGCCAUUUCCACCAACACGUUUUUCACUUUUUGAAUCUCAACUUUACCCCUCUUAACUCGAGUUCAGCUCAUGAAGUGUUUGGAUAAAAAGCCAUCAUUUGCCAUAUUUAUACUUUAUACAAUAGAAAUUAAAUUCCUCCCUUUUAAAUUCAAGACUAGACAGAAAGGGAGCAAAGAGGGAAGUUCAGUUUAAUGCUUUGCAAUGCUUAAAGAUUCCCAAUACAGACAAAGUGCUAUACUUCUGGAUUGUUAACAUUUGGCAUACAAAUCACGGGCAAGAGAGCCCACAGUGAUUUUUUUUUUUUUCACUUAUUUUUGCUCUGAGCAGCUUGGUUUAUUUGACAGCCUUAGCUUCAUUGUAAAGGUGACUGAGGUUACUAAUUUUGGUUCUUCUGAAAAUCUCACCCAAAGCCACUCAGACUAAGGCACUUCAUGUUUUACAAUGCUGUAAUGAUAACUAUCGGAAUAAUUUUCUGCACAUUGUACUGAUCAAAUUACACACCCAGGGGUAUAUACACUUUAAUUCAUGUUUCUUCUUUGUAUAUUUGGUGACUGUAUUGUCAUAGAUGUACAUAUUGUGUCGGUAGGGCUAUGAGGCAUGUAACAGGAAUGUAAUUUUCUCAGAAUUUACACUCACUUGCAGUCAUUUAUUUAAAAAGAUAAUGGAUUCUUUGUAUUGGCACUUUGCACCAGAAACAUAUCAUUAUUUAUUGAUGUGAUUACUUAUUUGUUAUCCACCUUGUAUUAGUAAGUUUAGCACUGAAUUUCCUUCUUCAUUGUUGUUUGUAUUUAAAAGAUUCGGAAAUCACGGGGAUCAGCCUAAUGAUUAAGUUAUUCAUCACCCGUCUGUAAGCAAUAUCUUGAGUUUGUAGCUUAGAAUUGGGAGACUAUUGAACAUCUGGAAGACAAGUUCAUUUCAUCUUGAGAUCAUGGUGAAAUAUUUUGGAUAUAUAAAUUCCUUAAGCUAUUGUAACCAUGUUUUAUUGCAAAGAUGUAAAAUAUGCCAGAUGUGUGUGAGUUGGAAAUCAAAAAGAAAAAUAAAAUAUGCAAAG